GGCAGCGCAGACGUAGUCGACAUGAUGCACUAGGCCCGCAUCAGCGCCGUAGCCGUGGUCGUCGUCGCCGAAAUCGCCACCGUCAGCCCAGAUGUCGAUGUCCAGGUCUCAGUCCUACGGGACCACUGUCGACGAAGCCGAUUUGGGACCACCAAAAUGGCAUCUUGCUCGACGUCAUUUUGUUGCCGCAUUGGCUUUGCUGGGAUUUGCCAACAUCUAUGCAAUGCGUGCGAAUUUGAGUGUUGCUAUCGUGGAAAUGACCUCUGGUACAAGUAAGGAUGUAAAUGGAACUCAUGUACACGUAGAUGGUGAAUUUCGAGAAUGGUCAACUAUGACGCAAGGUGUAGUGUUAGGCUCAUUCUUUUACGGAUACAUCCUUACGCAGAUCCCGGGUGGCUUUCUUGCACAUCAUUAUGGCGGAAAGAAUGUGUUUCUGAUAGGUGUUUUCGGUACUGCCGUUUUCACACUGCUUACUCCACCUCUGGCUAAGAUCAGUUACGGUGUUCUUGUGUUAGCUCGAUUUGUUGAAGGAGUGUUUGAGGGUGUCACCUAUCCGGCUAUGCAUGUGAUGUGGAGUCAUUGGGCUCCAGUACUGGAGAAGACCAAAUUGGCAACAUUCGCAUUUUCCGGAUCCUACUUCGGUACAGUCAUAUCAAUACCGUUGUCUGCGCUCAUUGGGCAAGCUCUUGGAUGGCCAUUCAUCUUUUAUUUCUUCGGACUCCUUGGACUGCUUUGGUGUCUAGUCUGGGCACGCCGUGUCAGCGACUUUCCAGCCACCGACGCUCACAUCAGUACCGAUGAGCUCACACUUCUCCAGCGCGAUGCAGUUGGCCACACUCAUUACAUUGUGCCAUGGGCUGAGAUGAUCAAAAGCAAACCUGUGUGGGCAGUGAUGAUAGCACAUUUCUGUGAGAACUGGGGUUUCUACACAAUGCUCACCCAUCUACCACGGAUGCUCAAAGAACUUGCCAAUUACGAACUUCAAAAGGCAGGUUUUGUGGCUGGAUUACCAUAUUUGCUGAUGGGAUGCACUCUGGUUUGGGGAGGACAAUUGGCUGACUACCUCCGUAAAGAACGUAACAUCGACACAUUGACCGUACGACGAAGAUUCUGUGUGGCAGGAUUCGCUGGUCAAGCUCUGUUCCUUGCACUGGCAUCUGUCACGUCGUCACCACCUUUUCUAGUUGCUUACCUCGCAAUAUCUAUAGGAUUAGGAGGCAUUUGUUGGGCUGGAUUCUCUGUGAAUCACUUGGAUCUUGCUCCUCAGUUUGCUGGACAUCUAAUGGGACUGUCGAAUACUUUGGCUACGCUGCCGGGAAUGAUUUGUCCGCUACUUGUUGGAUAUAUUGUCACAUCCGGAACCGUUGCUGAAUGGAACAUCAUUUUCUACACAACGGUAGCAAUAUACGCCAUAGGUGGAGCAGUCUUCUGGAAAUUCGCAUCGGGAGAGUUGCAACCUUGGGCUGGCGAACAAACACCGUUCAUCGGCGAAUUGCACUGAUUAAUGAUCUCUCUUUCAUUAUAAUACAUCUCUGUGUGAGUGACAAAUGCAAACAUAAACAUAUCUUGCAC